UCUUGUUUCUUUCAAAAAGAUUUGAUUUUUAUGAAGAAAUUAGAAUCCCACAGAGAGAAUUCUAAGGUUGAAGAUAGAUAAUCCCUUUCUUAACAUAUUGUUCAAGGCAUAAGUUUGUGUCUUCUUCAUAUCACCAAAAGGAUGGGAGAUCACUUUGUGUUUCUGGUUGAUCGUUUGCUGACUGAAUCAACUUUGGAGGCUGCAAUUGAGAGCAGGAAUCAGAAUCUAUUAGCAUCAUGGACAACUGAUGACCCGACAGCUUAUUGCUCCUCCCAAAGUGCUGAUGCUGUUUUAACUCCAGGAAAAAUGGUGGAAUGUAGGAUAUGCCAAGAUGAGGAUAUGGAUUCAAAUAUGGAGGCUCCAUGCUCUUGCUGUGGUAGCUUGAAGUAUGCACAUCGUAGAUGCGUGCAAAGGUGGUGUAAUGAGAAGGGUGAUACCAUUUGCGAAAUCUGCCACCAGCCUUUCAGGCCAGGUUACACAGCACCGCCCUCGAUUUUUCGCCUUGGUGGCAUUCCAAUGAACUUAAGGGGGAAUUGGCGAAUAGUCAGAAGGAACUUGAAUAAUCAACGUGUGAUAGCAGUGGUUUCAACUGAUCACAAUCUCAUUAACUCUGAUGAAAAUGAAGUUUAUACACCAAGAAGCAUGAUGUAUUGUCGUGUAUUUGCCAUGAUAUUUAUGCUGCUUCUAGUUAUACGUCACGCUCUUCCUCUCAUAGUUGAUCAAGCAGGGGACUACUCACUUCCAUUGGUUAUGUUGCUACUUCUUAGAGUUAUGGGCAUUGUUCUGCCCGUCUACGUCAUAAUGAAAGCAGUGAUUUCUUGCCACCACCGGCAACACCAACAGGCUACUUUGCCCAUCUCUUCGUCCCGUGAAGAAGCUAGCCUGGUGACUCUGCAACAAGAACCUCCCAUAACUGCUAUCCAAUGAAAUGAAUUUCGUUGCUGAACAACAAAGAGAAGUUUUUCUCCGAGAUAUAGGAUAUGCAUCUGACAGCAGUGUCUAUCUGUUAUUACUCUCUCUUCCAGCAUAUGUUGCGGGAGUUGGCACCCCACACUUAGACUCUUGUUUGUCCUCGAGAACUGCUCCAAAGUCGUGAAGGAUUGACCAGUCGGCAAGAAGUUAUAUGCUGAAGAGAUCUGUGAGGAGAAUUCAAAAUAGAAGCAUAAAGGUAAAAAAGAAAGGACUCAAAAGAGAUGAAAAAUGUCCAAUUUUACAACUAGAGAUAUCUGAAGUUGUGAAUUAGUCAGAAAAAUCUAUGUAGAGUUAUAAUAUGUAUAUGAACACUUUUGAAGGAAUACAAAAACUAGCAAAAAAAAGUUGUUGCUUUUAGUACUGAAAAUGUUCCAAGAUCAUAUUUUCAAAAUAUGAUCAAAGAUAUAUUUCAAAAAAUUUGAUUCAAAA